AUGGCCGGCUUUCAACCUGUCGACGAAGAACAAUGCGUUCACUAUGCACAUUUCACAAGCAACCUCAACCGGAUCCAUUUUGAUGCCCUCUAUUGGUCGUUGUUCGUCUUCGUGAUCGGAAUUUUGUUCGUAGCAUCAUGGAUAUACCAGUCAGUUAUGAAAUACGCCGAAGACCCUGACUUCGAUAAAAAGGAGUUGAGGAGGAAACUCAGAAUCGCAAUGGCAUAUUCGACAGCGCUGUUCUUCAUCGCCGGCGUCGCCGUGGUGAUGGAGGUCUACUGUCUGCUGGCCCUGCAGUUCUGCGAAGGCGAGGAUCUCAUGUCGCUAUACUGGUCAACGUGGACCAUGCUGCAACUAGGCUCGGAGAUCGCUGUAUUGGGUGUCGUGCUGGCAUUAUACCACGCACUCACCGACAUCAGACACCCAAAAUGGGCCCUCGCGCUCGGUACCCCAGUCCUGGUCGUUGCCGGCUUCGGCCACCUGUUCCCGAUCCUGGCCAAGAAGGCACACCUGAAGUUCAAGUUCCACCGCGCGGAGAGGAGGCGGUCGCGGAGCGGCUCGCAGUCGGACCUGACCAACCAGAAGACGACCAGCUCGUCGGCGACGAGCAUCAAGCAGGAGGUCGAGGAGCGGUCGCGGGCCAACAGCACGGCGCCGACAGCCCAGGCGCCCCGGGCCCAGCUGCUGCAGCUCUCGUCGCGCGCGAGCCCCUGCGUCGUCACCUUCGAGAUCGACGUCGGCGGCCACGACGACGUCGUCAGCAAGUGGCCCAGCUUCCUGGGCAUCCGGGACGGCAAGGCCCUCAUCCAGGCCACGGUGCGCCGCGAGCACGGCGAGGACUACGACGUGGAGGCGCAGCGGCCGGCGUAA